AUGAUUAAAAUUGCAACGGUUGUCGGGGCGACUGGUAACCAAGGAGCGGCUGUUAUUGAUGCCCUGCAGAAACACGGCGGUUACAAAAUCCGCGGACUUACACGACGACCAGAAAGCGAUACCGCUGCAGCUCUCAAGAAGCAAGGAGCAGAAGUUGUCACGACAGAUGUUAACGACCAUGCCUCCCUGGCCUCUGCAUUUGCCGGAUCCCAUUUUAUCUUCGGCAUUACGAAUUUCUUCGAGCUUUUCGCAACAUCGGAAGAUACGGACAAAGCUAUGACCAUUGAGAUACAGCAGGGCAAGAAUCUAGCAAAUGCUGCGGAGGCGACGCCGACUAUGGAGCAUUACGUCUGGAGCAAUCUUCCAGGAGCAAUCGUUGAAAGCGAGGGGAAAAUGAAGGUACCUCACUACGAUAGCAAGGACAUUGUGGCUCAGCAUAUCCGAACAAAAAAAGAUCUGCUGUCUAAGACAACAUUUAUGCCGAUUGGAUGA